AUGACUACUCUCACUAAAAACUUUCUCUCUUCAGCAGAAUCAGAGCCAGAAGUCCAUCCUUGGCCCUCCCGCCCUCUGGCCUUUGGCAGUCAGCAGUUCCUCAGCCAAGACGAGCUGCUCUAUCACUCUGUUCCAGGUUUACUUGCAGGAAACCAACUCCAACCAGGGCAUCCCUACCCAGGUGCUCAGCAACAGCAACAACUUUCUAAUACAAACCACAGGGGGGCUGAAGCAGAAGAUCAACGAAUGGAAGGAGGCACUGAAUCUGUGUUUUGGGGUACAAAGGAGAGGUGGACUCCAGUGGUUUUCUCUGGCCCACCCCAGGGACCACCAGUAAGCUCCCAGGAAGCCAACAGAACAUUGGAGGUACAACUCAGCCCAGCCCAGAGUGUGAGCUCUGAGGAAAUAGACAAAAUUCCAGAGAGAGAAGAAAUCUCAGGAUUUGGAGCCGUCAGGUUUGGAGAGUGUGGACUAGAUUUUAGCCAGAAGUCAAACUUAUUCAGACACAAGGCAGGCACAGGUGAAAAAUCUUCUGUGUGUAGGGAGUGUGGGCAAGGCUUUAGCAGGAAGUCACAUCUCAUCAGACAUCAGAACACAGGGGAAAAGCCUUAUGUCUGUGGGGAGUGUGGGCGAGGCUUUAUAGAUAAGUCAACCCUCCACAACCACCAGAGUACACACUCAGGGGAGAAGCCUGUGUGCAGGCAGUGUGGGUGAGGCUUUAGCCGCAUGUCACACCUCAUCAGACAUCAGAGGAUGCACCUGAGGGAGAAGCCAUUUACGUGCACUGUGUGUGGGCGAGGCAUUAGUGAAAAGUCAGACAUCAUUAAGCACCAGAGGAUUCACACAGGGGACAAGCCUUACGUGUGCAGGAACUGUGGCUGAGGCUUCAGGGUGAGAUCCCACCUCAUCACACACCAGAGGAUACAUUCAGGUGAGAAGACUUUUGUUUGCAGAGAGUGUGGGCAAGGCUUUAGUGAUAAAUCAGCCCUCCUCACCACACACCAGAAGACACAUUCAGGGGAGAAGCCUUAUGUAUGUGGGGAGUGUGGGCAAGGAUUUAGCCAGAAGUCAGCCCUCCACUCACAUGGGAGAACACACUCAGGGGAGAAGCCUUAUGUGUGUGGGGAGUGUGGGCGGGGCUUUAGCUGCAAGACAAUCCUCAACACACACCAGAGGACACACACAGGAGAGAAGCCUUACAUGUGCAUCGGGUGUGGGCGAGGCUUUAGCCACAAGUCCACUCUCAGCACACAUCAGAGGAUCCACUCAAGGGAGAAGCCUUAUGCAUGCGGGGAGUGUGGACAAGACUUUAGCCACAAGUCAGCCCUCAUCAGACACCAGAGGACACACACAGGGAAAAGCCUUAGGUGUGCAAGGAGUGAGGAUGUGAUUUUAGCAACAAGUCAGUCAUCAGCCACAGCAGCAGACAUUCAGGAGAAACCUUGUUUGUGA